AUGAAGAAGUUCAGUAUUGGCAUUAUUGUUUCAUUCCUAUUUUUAGCUUGCUUUGGUGAAGGAGGGAACCUUGACAUAGCGCAAUAUGGUGGUAAAUCAAAUUCAGAUAUUACCGAGGCUUUCAAAAAAGUUUGGGCUGAAGCAUGUAACUCAACAAGUGCGGUUAAAAUUGUGAUUCCAUCUGGUAACUAUAGGACUAGUGGAAUAGAUGCUGAAGGUCCAUGCAAGGCUCCAAUUGAAGUUCAAGUUGAUGGCACAAUUCAAGCACCUUCAGACAUAAAUCAAAUUCAAAAAGGGAUUGAUCAAUGGAUCAGAUUUAGUACUAUGGAUCAUUUAACCAUAUCAGGAGGAGGAAUUUUUGAUGGUCAAGGUGCAAAUAUUUGGAAAAAAGCUAUAGAAGCUCGGAGCGAAGAUAGAGCUGAUAAGAAAGAUUCCAUGAAUUUGGGUUUUUAUUUUGUUAACAACUCCGUCAUCACUGGAAUUACAUCUAAGGACAGCAAAAGUUUCCAUUUUAUGAUUUACGGCUGCGAAAAUAUCACACUUGAUGGCAUCAAAGUUAGUGCUCCUGGUGACAAUAUAAACACCGAUGGAAUCCACUUGGAAAAAUCAACUGAUGUUAAAAUUCUUAAUACCGACAUUGCUACCGGAGAUGAUUGUGUGUCAAUUGGUGAUGGUAGCAGAAAAGUACUUGUACAAAAUGUGAAAUGUGGACCUGGUCACGGUAUUAGUGUUGGAAGCCUUGGAAGGUUUGGAAACCUUGGAAGGCUUACGAAUGAAGAUAACGUAGAAGGUUUUAUAGUAAAGAAUUGUACUAUAUCAGGUACUGAAAAUGGUGUGAGGUUUCUGACUUGGCCACAUGGACCAGGACAUAUUACUAUUACUGAUAUGCAUUUUGAAGAUAUUACCAUGGUUGAUGUCAGGAAUCCUAUCAUCAUUGACCAAGAGUACUAUUGUCCGUGGAACAUGUGCAACAUAAAGAAUCCAUCAAAAAUAAAGAUAAGCAAGGUUUCGUUCAAAAACAUUCGCGGAACUACAAAAGCAGAAGAGGGAGUGGUUCUUUUAUGCAGCAGUGGUGCACCGUGCGAUGGUGUGGAGUUGAGUAAUAUUGAUCUCAAAUUUAAAGGACAACCCGCAAGAGCUUUAUGUUCUAAUGUCAAUCCUAUAGUUAAAGGAAAUGCUCCUACUUGUGAAGCUUAUGGCUCACCUGCAUCCCAAUCAAUCUGA